UUUAUAUUAUGGAUCAAAAGGGAGAUGAUAUUAUGGAUGAUAUUGCUGAAGCUCUUGAUGGAGAUCACAAACUUAAUCUAACAGCUGAUCAAAAUGAUGAUGAAGGUAAUUAUAACUAUAUUCUUAGAUGAGGCAAUAAAUAAGGAAUGUGAAAACUUUCUAAAUUCUUUAAAAGGAGAAGGAACUUAAAAUGUUGAAACAGAUCAGUUGCUUAAGUAAUUCUAAGGAAUGAUGGGAAAUAUUUUAGAAGGAAUCAAUCCUAACAACUAGUAACUUCACAAUUUUUAUAAUAGAGAAUAACAAAAGGCAUUCCAAGAAACUUUUGAAAAAUUAGAAUAAGCUCCUUAAUUUGAUGAAUUAGCUGACAAAAUGUUAUUAUAAUUCAUGGAUAAAGAUGUAUUAGAACAGCCAAUGAAAGAAACAUAUGAGGCUUAUAACAAAUUUAUUUCAGUAUUUAUGAUUAAUUGAUAAGGAAAAUAAAAAUAAACUUAAUGAAGAAGAGUUAAAAAAAUUUGAAAAAUAGAAAGAUUGUGUUGAAAAAAUUAUUGAUCAAUUAAACACUAAUCCAAAUGAUAAAGAAAAAUUAAUUUAACUAUUUGAAAAUAUGUAGGCUGAAGGAGAUCCCCCUUAAGAAGUUUUUGGAGGAAAUGAAAAUCCAUUAAACUUUUUAAAUGCACCUACUGAAGGAGCAUAAGGAGAACCAUGCAGUAUAUUUUGAAUUGCAUUUAUUUUAUUAAAAAAUUAAUAUGAU